UGGCGCUCUAAAGAAUAUAGAAGUGAAGGAGAAGUGGGUGUGAGAGGAGGGGGUGUAGAAAGAAGGAAGGGGUUUCUGAGACCUCUUGGAUGCAAGAGGGAAAGAUGGGGGUGGUCGUGGACGUCAGAAAGGUGUACCCCUAUCCUUUUCAGCACGUGGUGAAUAGUUACCUUAACAAGUAUCCUACUCCUCUAGAGAAACAUGUAACAGGCAUCAAAACAGUAGAAGAAAAAACAGACCCAGCCACAGGCAUUGUGUACAGGCGACGGAUUGCAACAUGUAACAAUGUGAUCCCAUCCUUCUUAAGAAAGUUCAGUAUCUUAAAAAUAUCAAAUAUAUAUUUGGAAGAAGAGUCAUGGUUGGAUAUGAAGGCACGCGUAAUGACCUUAAAAAGUCACUGCCUGACAUGGGCACAGUAUGCAUCACUGAAUGAGGAGUCAAUGUACAAAGAAAGCACAGAAAACUCCAACUGGACAGAGUUUACUCAGAAGGGAACUAUAACUAUCACGGGGGCAGGCUUACUGAACUGUGUUCUUGAAACCUUUGCACAGACAUUCUUGAAACAAGGAGUCAAAAGGAGUAUUUUGAUCAUGGAAACAAUUUUGCAAGAGCGCUGUGGAUGCCCUUUCUCCUAACUAUGAAUUGUUCCUAGAAGCUCGGUAGAAGGCCCAAGACUUGCUGAUCUUUUGUUAAAGUGGAGCCUUAGAAUUAUAUAUACAUAAUUUUUUUUUUUAUAUAAUUAAUCGCAACAAUCAAGGAAUAUUCUCACCAUUGUGUUAAUUUGCUACCUGUGUACAAGUUAACAGAAAUAUCUGUACAAUACAAAUAUAACUUUGUAAAAAAAGAACCUGUCUGUGUACCAUGCAGGAUUGACCAAGGAAACUGAAUUCCUACGAGUCAUACGCUCUGUUUUAUGUUAUGAAAACCAUCCAGUUCAUCAAAUCUAUGGAUUUUAUCAUUGCAAUGUAAUGUAAAGAGAAAGGAAGCAAGAGAGACAUCAAGAUUAUGGGUGCUUUCUCCAUAGCCUAAGCUACACAAUUGCUAUCAGUCCAAACUGAACUAUUAAUUAUUCAAAUUUUUCAAGAGGAUUGCAAGGCUAGUGUUCCACAGGCCAAUGCAGAAGAAUUAAUACGACAAAGAAGGUUUCAGCACUCCUCUGUCAAACUAUCCUCUUUAUUGUAAUCGCGCAUUAAACAACAGCUGUUUACGAGACUUAGUCCAACUUUGUGGGGUUGUAGUAAACUUUAUAUUUUCAUCUUGUAACCGUGCUUUCAAAAAAAAAAAGUGUGAGACCAGAGCCCUUAAACAUUUUCAUCUAUACAAUUUAUAGAUUGAUAGUUUGCCCCCAUGUCAUGCGUGUUUUGCAUCCAUGGCGCCCACACAAUUAAUUUUGUUUCAUACAUCUUUUAUAGACUGGGAGGAGAAAAGAAGACAUGAAGGCACUUCUUGAAUAUGAUGGUUCAUUUUUCAAAUCAGCUAACAAUGUAUUGCCAAGUCUAGGGAAAUCUUUUGCCUUUUCUAUUUUAUAAAUCUGAAAUACAACUUAAAUCAAGAGUAAUCUCACAAAUUAAGCUUCAUUUUAAACAAGAAAACAGUUAGAGGUGUUUGUAUAUUUAAAUAUUAUGAAACUUGCUUCACUUUACCUUUUUACUGAAUGUUUUCGCAAACCGCAGUCACAAGCUUAAACUUGUUAACGAGCUAAUUUUAAUCACAAGGGAUUCCAUUCUCAUU